GCAACGGCGAUAACGUCAGUGUAAAAUGCGCAGACGGCAGAGUGCGCAAAUUCUUCCUGGCUAGCAUUCGGCCACCCCGUGGAGGCGAAGAGAAGAAUAGUCAAGCUGGUGCCCGUCCUCUUUACCAGAUCCCACACCUUUUUGAAGCGCGUGAAUUUCUGAGGAAACGACUGAUCGGAAAGCAGGUGCGAGUGUUUGUUGAUUAUAUCCAGCCAAAACCAGAAGACAGUACGUUGGAUGAUCGUGUAUGUGCAACCGUAAUGGUCGGUGACACUAACAUUGGUGAGGCCCUAGUACAACGCGGUCUUGCUUCGGUGGUGCGUUACCGCAAGCCAACGGAUUCGCGUUCACGUGAUUAUGACGCUCUACUGGCAGCAGAGGCACAGGCGGAGAAAAAGGCCAUUGGUAUAUUCGACUCAAAGGUUGGUGCACCACCUCAGCGAUUGAGUGAACUAGGAGGGAAUAUGGCCAAGUCGCGGCAGUUCCUCUCAUCACUGCAACGUGCUGGAACGGUUGACGCACUUGUGGAGUUUGUGGUGUCUGCUUCGCGUCUCCGCUUGCAUAUUUUCCGCGAAAACCUGCUCACAGUAGCUCUCGUAUCUGGCAUCAUUUCACCAAGACCCACGAGGAGAACGGCCAAUCAGACGGAAGAGCGCGAGGAGCCGUUUGGCGACGAGGCGCGUGAAUAUGCGCGUGAUAUUGUGAUGCAACGCGAGGUGAAGUUCGAUUGUGAAGGAUUGGACCGUCUCGGCAACUUGAUUGGUUCUAUCACCCUACCUUCGGAGGUGAAGGUGAUGAGUUGCGGUGUUGAUAAACAGGGCAAGAAAGGCAAGUCUUCUCGUGGACCGUGCUUCGUCAGUAGGAACCUGGGAGCAGUGCUGGUUGCCAGGGGUUACGCCUACGUGAACAGGGCGCCAAGUGCACAGAGGACCAGUCAGUAUGGCCUCCUGCUAAAGGCAGAAUCGUUCGCCCGCGAACACAAUCUCGGUUUGUGGUCUUCGGAGGAGUUUCGUAUGUCAUGGGAAUCGGAACAAGGUUUGACGGGACAUGGAGAUGAAGGCGACGAGGUAGCUGAAGCGAAUGCCGACUCCAACAAGCUAAUAUCCGUUGAUGAAUUGAAGAAAGCCUUGCCAGACACUGACGCCAAUCGUGAGGCCGCGGCUGCUCGACUUGUAAGUUGA